GAGAGGCAGCUGGGAUUGGCAAAGCGCAGCAGAUCUGACCGGGUGCACUCAAGUUUAUCUCUUAGAACUUUAUCCGUAGCCCCAACACACACUCCACACACACAUACUUCACACACACACAGACACACACACACAGAGAGAGACACUCAUCUUCAGCAGUCCUUAUCAGGGGCGAGAGGACCAGUGUGUUGGAGUCGGAGAGUCAGAGUCUGAUUUGACUUCUCGGGGGGAACUCUGUAGACUGCGUUGACAUGUGAGCGGAUUAACUUUGGACGCUACACGCUACGCUACGUGUGUAUUUGAAGUUUUACGAGCUGCUAUGGUUUCUGCCUGUGUGAGUGUGGACGCCCACAGAGAGACAUGGUGGUCUUCCUGAGCAAAAACAUUCGCUCCAUCUUCUCUGUCUUCAAGAAGAAGGCUGGGCCGAAGGAGGAGGAGCUGGGCAGGCUGGCGGUACACUACACGGCGUCGCCGCACUUCCAGGAGAACGUCUUUAUCGAGGGCAGCAGACCCAAACACCUGCAGGACCUCCACACAGAGGCGCAGGAGGGGCUCAAGAUCCUCCUGCAGGAGGAACAUAAAAAUGGUGUGGACUUUCUGGCUGACCAGAGUAACUCUGAGGUCGAGCCCUGGGCAGAGAGAGAUGCGGCCGGCUCCCAUCACAGAGACGAGUCAGAGGGCCCUGGGAGCAUCGCCGCAAACUCCUCCACCUCCUCAGCGUCCGCUGCGUCCUCCGUCUCCAACCGACCCCUGCUCACGCGGCAAGGUCUGCGCACGCAUGCCCCACAACAUUACGCAACACAACAUGUGUUUGAUAUUACAAGCCUCGCUCAGAGGGAGAAGCCAUUUUGA